CAUCAAACAGCGCUCACUUCUUGCUGCACUAUCCCUGACUCUACAAUGCGCACACUACGACCUCAAGUCGGGCCUGCGUGAAGUUCACGGUCGCCACGGGCUAGAUGGACGUUGGCCGUGGAAGUCUGCGUCGGCAGGCUUUCCGCAAGCUUGCGACGCUGUCCGCCCAGCGAUCCCAUACCAAAGAAGCGGACUUUCGUCGCUUGACCUCUUGGAUCGCUCCUGUCAAGAGUCAGCCGAAUGGUGUCCUCGAUGGAGUCCUCCGAGCCAUCACCCCGGCGUCCCGGCGAUCAAUGACUCCCCGUGAGCUCGACAUCUUACUCGCUCUCUGCGCCAGCGCUCAUGACCUGCACGAUUUGUCCCAUGCUGAACGUCUCACCAAGCAAUUAGCGGCUUACCUUCCAGAGGCUCAUACUCAACUCUACACCCCCUCGCCUUUCCUCCACGAGAUCAGACCAACGCCAUGGACAGCGCUCACUUUCGAGCUCACCAAAGCCCUCCUUGUACUUGGCCUGCGGUUCCCAGUUCUAAAACAGUCCGUCGCAGAAAGCCUCAGGGCAUACAUCCAAAAUUGGGCACAAUCAGCGGCGGCCCUCGCCUCUGUUGGUGUUGGAGAGCAAGAUGAGGACCAGGAAGACGAGGCCCAGGAGGUGGCUGCAGUCGCGGUAUCCUUGGCCGGCUUUCUGGAUGCGGCGGCAUCACACGAGAACUUCUGGUCCUCCUAUGAGCGUGUAGAGCUGGUCCGCACUCUGAACGAGUCGUUGUCUGAAAAAUUCCUCAUCGCGGUCGAGACAGCAUCCUCUGCUAUUCGAACGUCUACAUCUUCACAAAUGACUUCAAGAGACUGGAGGAAAUACUUGAAACGUUACGCCGCCCAGGGUCUUCCUGUGGGAGCCAUGAUGUUGCAGAAAGGCUUCAUGAAGCUGGUGCUGGCGAGCACUUCCAGAAUGCUCUGUGACGAACAUACUGUCGAAUGCGGAGACAUCCUCGAUCAGUACAUUGCCGGAACGCAUCUAGGUCGCUCUAGUGACGAUGAUAUUACCGAAGAUAUGAUUGAGUACCUGGUCAACAUCAUUACUGAUCAGAUCCGGAUCCUCGAAGACGGCUCCGACUACCUGCAGUUGAGCUCGGCCUGGCAACAGCGCCUCGCCUUCUCCGUUAAAGCAUACGCGCUGGAGGCUUUUCUUCACUGCAUGAUCCUAGACGACGACCUCGCGGACCCUGAAGAUCUCUUCACCUGGUUGGAAGACUCGAUCGGAAACCAGGUGCAGAUGGCAGACACUGACUUGGCAGACAUCGCGUUAAAAAGUCUAGCUGUUGUAGCCAAGCAGAUGCCAGAGGAAGCCUCGAACUUUGCGCGUGUGCUCUUGCGGUUCAUCGUCCGUGGCGCUUCAACACCGGCCGCUGUUGCGAUUGCCGCCCAAAGUUUGGCUCACAUACUGAAAAUGUUGUCUCAAGAUGCUGUCAUCACCACCGUCUAUUCGCUUGGAAACGUUCUGAGCUCGCAAACGGGAGCAGAAAAGACGCAUCAUCCCUUAGUGACCGGAGGCAUUAACGGCCAUCAUGGUUCUCUGUCUUCGUCUUCAAAACUGAGAACUGGAAGUGUGAUUUCUCUUUCACUGAGCGGCGACGAAGAGACGUCUCUGGUGUGCGGAAAUGUCGCCCAUGCUAUUGUCGUCAUAGCCAGGGAAUGCAAAGACCCUCGCAUAACAGCACUGGUGCAGAUGAUGAUGGUGCAAAAAGUGGGAAGGAUCAGCUUGAUGGUUGACGCCCGCAUCAUUGAAGAAGCGGCAAAACUCGCUAUUCAUGGCAAAGAGAACGAGUUCAGAACUUUACUAAGGCUCUAUUCGAGAUUGCACCGCGAGGCUCUGCUUCAGGAAAAUAUUCUUAUCUUCAACGCAGUGCGCAGUGCCGAAGAGCAUCUGGCCUCGAAUUUGGACAAUCGAUCACCGUUGUUCAAGGUGUUCGCAAUGCACCUCCUCGAACGAAUACUCAGCAAGGGUGAUGUCGUUGAAGGCGAGUUCAAGCAGUCUGCGGAGGUCGAGCAGGCUGCCAAGGAGAUAGCACCUCUUCUGAAGCCGCUUUCUAUCAUCGCUUUCCGAAGACCUCCUCCCACCCAAGAAAGCGGCCUGGUCGAAGAUCCUGAUAUUCUGGCAAUGGGUCGUGAAGUAUGGUAUAACAUUGCAGUUCAUGGAAUAACGUUGCAGUCUCGCAUCGGCCAGCAAAACUACCAUGAACUUCGCCUGCUAGCUAUGAACUCCAGACCUCUGGUCGAUGACGAUCGUGCCGAACUCCUAGAAUCAGACGUUGAACUCAACACUGUUCUGCGACGAGGCAUGAGCCCGCAACAUGCAGCAGAUCAGAAGAAGAAUCUCAUUGCCGUCAUUCCAGACAGAGAGUCCGACAUACGGCAGUUGAGCUAUCAGAAAGUAGUAUUCCUGAAUGCGGUGUUCCUUGUUGAGAGCCUUCGCGCUACCUCGGGCAGCUGUUCUGAAAUUCUCGACUAUUUUACAGACCCUACAACGCAGACGAGCCACAUGGGUCUGUGUCUGACCUCCAUUGCCAAUGAGAUCGUCAAAAGAUACACUUCCAAGGUAACUGCCGCAGUCGAAAUCGAAUUCAGCGCCCCUUAUGUGUCUCGACAACUGGCUAAAAUUCUGAGUGGCUGUUGUCAUCGGAGCGGCAAAAUGCAGGAGGUUGCAAGAAGCGCCGCAAACCACAUCAUCUCCUUUGCUCCGUCCGCGCUCUGUCAAAAAGCUGCGCUGUUCGCCUUGUUAGAGCUGCUCUCUCUGAUGUGGUCGAGCUGCCUCGAUGCAGAUGUAGACGAGUACGAGUGGCGACCUUUCCUCACUUCCACCAGGGGCAAGAUCACAAUUGAGCUAUCAGAUGAUUAUGCUUUCAGAAAGCGUACCUUGAAUACUCUGUACGACGAUGCAAAAAAAUGGGUGACCACGGUCAUGGCAGUGGCGCCGCUGGAUGUUAAAGGCCUCCUUCAGACCUACCUUUCCGAAUUCGAUGACACCGGCGCUUAUGGCCAUGUCACUCUAGGAAGGUCAUUUGCACUCGAAGUGGGCUCAAUGAUUCCUCCCCUGGAUUACAGACUCAAUGUCCUCGACAAGAAAGGCGAUUUUAUCCACGUCAAUAUGGCUUCCGACUUCAUGGCUCAAUACACGACCCGACAAGAAUAUCGGUUCACAGGGAUUCCUGACCAUCAGCUUGGUAAUGUCCACUUUGACAAUGCCACCGGACGAAGAUCCUUCGAUGGACGUCAAGCUGAUAGCACGCACCUGCUGAGGGACAGUCUCCUGGACUUGCACAAACGGACAGAACAUAAAGCGAUUGUGCAAACUUCCGAAGUAAAAGACGUCCUUCGUCGUGCGGCUGCUCUUCUAUGUCAGAGCAAAAAGUCGCAAACUGCGAUAGUGCAUCAUCUAGUCAACAUACCUUUCCACAUCUUUACAAAAGAGUCCAUCAAAUUAGGCAUCUCUCUCUGGCUCGGUAUUAUCCACGAGAAUCCCAGAAUGGAGCCAAGAAUUCUAACGGAAGCCGCCCAAGCUUGGGAGAAGACUAUCGACAGGAAGCAUGGGAUUUUCAGCCCCAGUUUCCGACAUCAUGACCCAUUCUAUGUCAAGGAAGAGUUUGCGCCGACCGACAGAGCUGCUAUCCAGAAGCAAGCACAAAUCGCCCACAACACUAUCUCGCCUCACUUCAGACUGCUUCAGUUUUUCCAAAGCCAUUUCAACUCGAUAAGGCUUGGAAGUGCAAAUACCCAGCGGACUUUCAUACGCAUGCUUGAGCGCACUUUGCAGGCCUUCGUGCGAAUCAAAGGACACCCUCUCAUGCGGGAGAUGCACUUCUCCCUGGUUCACUUUGCGCUGCGAAUCGUGAAGUCCAGCACUUGCAUUAGUAAGUUAUACAUGUGGAAACUGAGAGAUUUGAUUCUCUCCGUAGGCCUUCAGUGGUUUUCCCACCCGCCUGCUUGGUCUUUUGGUGGGAACCGGUUACAGCUGAAGGCUGAAGUCCAAGUAAUGCAGGAUGUGGUGACCUUGCUGCAGGGUACCAGACAGCCAGUUCUAGCAGCUGCUGCAUCAAGAAAGGACCCCCAGCAAAAGCAAGAUCUCCUUGAAGCCCUUUUGGCCAAUGAGAUUUCUCGCCUCAAUGUCUGGCUUGCGCCUCUCGCCCACGCAGGUCAUCACAAUCACGCCGAUGCUCAGAUCGCCAGCUACGCUCGCACUGCUUGGUUCGAAAACCCGUCCCUGGCGAUACAACUCGUGACUCGAUUCCCGAGUGAGCAGCUUCGCCGCGACGUACGGUCCUUGCUCCUGGGCUAUACCGACAAAGCCUUAGACGAGCCCAACGCCAUCGAUCUUCUGCUCGGAGACAAAUUGCCUUCGGAUGUGUCAGUUCAAUUGAAAUAUCUGCUAUACUGGGCACCAGUCAACCCCAUGCAGGCUGUCACUUACUUCCUGCCUGCCUUCGGAAACCAUCCAUUCGUCCUUCAGUACGGUAUGCGGGCGCUUGAGAGCCACUCUGUUGAUGUGACAUUCUUUUAUGUCCCUCAGAUUGUACAGAGCUUACGAUACGACGCUCUGGGUUACGUUGAGCGCUAUAUCAUUGAGACCGGGAAGUUCUCGCAACUGUUUGCCCAUCAGAUCAUCUGGAAUAUGAAAGCCAACGCCUACAAGGAUGAAGAGUCCCAAGAACCAGAUCCUGUCAAGCCUACGCUCGAUAAGGUCACGAACAGUCUGAUCUCCAGCUUCUCCGGUGCUGAUAGAGACUUCUAUCGGAAAGAAUUUGAUUUCUUUGGUGAGGUCACUGAUGUAUCUGGCAAGCUGAAGCCAUUCAUCAAAAAGAGCAAGCCAGAAAAGAAAGCCAAAAUCGAAGAAGAGCUCCGCAAGAUCAAGGUGGAAGUAGGCGUAUACCUUCCCAGCAAUCCCGACGGUGUUGUUGUUGGCAUUGAUCGAAAAUCGGGGAAGCCUCUGCAAUCGCACGCCAAAGCGCCGUACAUGGCGACAUUCAGAAUCCGCAAGACGAGAGAACUUUCGGAAGACGACCCAACUGCAAAUCCUGAGACCGCUCUUAAGACUAUUGCAGCUCCACGCAGAGGUCACAGUCGGCAGAAUACUGCUGACCUCUCCGACCUUGGUUUGGACGACAACCCACGGACAUACGAGGUGUGGCAGAGUGCCAUCUUCAAAGUCGGAGACGAUUGCCGGCAGGAUGUCCUUGCAUUGCAAAUGAUCGCGGCUUUCCGUGGUAUUUUCAACUCUGUGGGCCUCGACGUGUACGUCUUCCCAUACCGGGUGACUGCAACAGCACCCGGGUGCGGUGUCAUUGAUGUUCUGCCAAACUCGAUCAGUCGUGACAUGCUAGGACGUGAGGCAGUGAAUGGUCUUCACGAUUACUUCAUCACAAAGUACGGUGGCGAGCAUUCGAUCCGUUACCAGGAAGCAAGAAGCGAAUUCGUCAAAAGUAUGGCAGCAUAUUCCGUCAUCAGCUACCUCCUUCAAUUCAAGGACCGGCAUAAUGGAAAUAUCAUGAUCGACGACAAGGGGCAUAUCUUGCAUAUCGACUUCGGUUUCUGCUUCGAUAUUGCACCUGGCGGCGUCAAGUUUGAACGUGCACCGUUCAAGCUCACUCCGGAAAUGAUUGCGGUCAUGGGCGGAGAUGACCCGAACACUUCCCAAUCAUAUCGGUGGUUCGAGGAGCUCACCAUCAAAGCCUUCCUGUGCAGCCGACAAUACUGCGAAAAAUUGAGCCACCUCGUCAGCUUGAUGCUGGACAGUGGCUUGCCCUGCUUCAAGCCCGAGACCAUGCGGAACUUCAAAAAUCGAUUUGUUUUAGAGAAAUCGGACAGGGAGGCUGCGGAGUUCAUGCUGGGAUGCAUCAAGAAGAGUGCCGCGAACGUGACGACCAAGGUCUAUGAUGAAUUUCAGCUUCUGACGAAUGGAAUUCCUUACUAAAGAAGCUGUCAGUGGGCGGUCGUCUGGAGACAGAGUGCAUAGCCUGUGCAACUAUUGAUAGUCUUAGUCUAAUGUGUACAGUAUUUUCUAGCACCAUCAGGUAAAGAGGCUU